CCACCACGCCCGCACCCUUCGUCGAGUGCCACUGCUCCCCGACGGCACACCAUGACUUCGCCGGGCGAGCAACCGUACCUCGUCCUUCCAGGCUCGCUGGCCUUCUCCGACUUUCGCCUCAAGUCGCUUGCCCGAGCCAUUGGCGCCUCGGAGGUGCGAGCCGUCUGGCUGCACUUUGUCAAUCCGCUGAAAGAGCUGGAUCAGAGAGAGUUCAAGGUACUGGAGCAGCUAUUGCACUAUGGAGAGACUCCAGACAGUCAGGAUCGCCUCUCCCAGAUCCUCAUUGACGCAUUGAACCGCAGUGGCGCUCCGCGCGACGACAACACGGCCCUCUUCUAUGUCAGUCCGCGUCCCGGCACCAUUUCGCCAUGGAGCUCCCUGGCCACCAUGAUUGCGCGCACCUGCACCCUCGAGAACGCCGUCAAGCGCAUCGAGCGUGGCAUGGUCAUCGCCGCCACCUUUGACAAGCCCCUCGACGCAGACUCCAUCCCGAAUCCCGACUCUCUCCACGACCGAAUGACGCAGACCAUAAGCAGGCAUGCACCCGACCUGAACCUCCUCUUCGGCGAGCACGAGCCCGCUCAAGCGACCACUAUCAGUUUCGAGGAAUACGAGAGCCCCAGGGCGGCGUUGGAACACGCCAAUCGCGAACUGGGACUGGCCAUGGACAGUUCUGAGAUCGAAUACCUGGUCGACGCAUACACGCACGAAUUGAAGCGCGGCCCUGUUGACGUUGAACUCUUCAUGUUCGCGCAGGUCAAUUCCGAGCACUGCCGCCACAAGCAGUUCAACGCAGACUUCACAAUUGACGGCAUUCACAAGUCCCACUCACUUUUCGGCAUGAUUAGGAACACCCACCAAAAGCAUCCCGAACACGUCGUCAGUGCAUACAGUGAUAAUGCCGCCGUCCUUCAGGGCGAGCAUGCGAGCUUCUGGGCGCCAAACCAUAUCAGCGGAGAGUGGCAGGGAACGAAAGAGACGGUACAUAUUCUGUGCAAAGUGGAAACACAUAAUCAUCCUACUGCCGUGUCGCCCUUCCCAGGUGCUGCCACCGGGUCUGGCGGCGAGAUCCGAGAUGAGGGCGCAGUGGGUCGUGGAUCGAAACCCAAGGCUGGUCUGGCAGGUUUUACGGUCUCAGACUUGCUCAUUCCCGGCUUCGAGCGGCCUUGGGAGAUGCGUGAUGUGGGUAGGCCUGCCCACAUUGCUAGCAGUUUGGACAUCAUGCUGGAAGCGCCCAUCGGAAGUGCCGCUUUCAACAACGAGUUUGGCAGGCCCUGUACCACGGGAUACUUCAGGACACUCCUCGUCAGAGCCUUUACCAACGAAAACGAGACGGAGAUUCGGGGCUAUCAUAAACCCAUUAUGAUUGCGGGUGGUGUGGGCACUGUUAGGCCUCAGCAUGCUCUGAAGAAUCCCGACAUCGUACCCCCUGGGUCGCAUCUCCUGGUGAUUGGAGGACCUGCCAUGCUCAUCGGUCUUGGAGGUGGUGCUGCGUCUAGCGUCCAAUCUGGCGAGGGCAAUGUCGACCUGGACUUUGCCAGUGUGCAACGAGGCAACCCCGAGGUUCAGAGGAGAGCGCAGGAGGUCAUUGAUGCCUGCAGAAGCAUGGGUGACAAGAACCCAAUUCUGUUUAUCCACGAUGUUGGAGCUGGUGGCUUAUCCAAUGCCCUUCCGGAGCUGGUGCAUGAUUCGGGGCUUGGAGCCGUGUUUGAGCUCCGUGAGAUUGACAGUGCAGACAAAGGGAUGAGUCCAUUGCAGAUAUGGUGCAACGAGGCUCAGGAGCGCUAUGUUCUGGCGGUUGGUCCAGACGAUUUGGAGCUCUUCAAGCGCAUCUGCAGGCGAGAACGGUGCGGUUUCUCGGUUGUCGGUACUGCCCGACAGGAGCAACGGCUGGUUCUCACAGACCGGGAUUCCAGAGACCACCCCACCCCUAUCGACCUUCCCAUGCCUAUCCUGUUCGGAAAGCCGCCCAAGAUGUCCCGCAUAGUCGAGUCACGAAAGCUCCGUUUGCCUGCCUUCGAUAGCAGCUUAUCAGUAUACAUUCCAGACACACCCAAGGAUGGCCUUCUUAAGGAAGCUGUCGACCGGGUCCUCACGCUCCCCGCUGUUGGAUCAAAAUCAUUCCUCAUCACCAUCGGAGAUCGUACUGUUGGGGGUCUCACCGUGCGAGACCAAAUGGUCGGAAAGUGGCAGGUUCCGGUGUCCGACGUCUCUGUUACCGCCACUUCUCUCAUGUCAGGCGUGCGGACAGGCGAGGCGAUGGCCAUGGGAGAGAAGCCGAUGCUGGCACUCAUUUCACCAGCAGCAUCCGCUCGUAUGGCUGUGGCAGAAUCACUCAUGAACCUUGCCGCUGCUAGCCUGUUCGAUCGUAUGUCGAGGGUUCGACUUUCUGCCAACUGGAUGUCGGCCAGCAGUCACCCUGGCGAAGCGGCAGCCUUGUAUGAGGCUGUUGAAGCCAUCGGACUUGGCCUGUGCCCUCAACUGGGCAUAUCCAUCCCCGUUGGGAAAGACUCCAUGAGCAUGAAGAUGAAGUGGUCUGACCCGGAGACGAAGACCUCCAAAGAAGUGACGGCGCCCAUGUCGCUGGUCAUCACCGCUUUUGCUCCCGUUGAUCGUAUUGAUCGCACAUGGACCCCGGCCCUGGAACGACUUGAGGAUGAGGGAGAAACCAUCUUAUUGUUUGUCGACCUUGCCGAAGGCAAGAAGCACAUGGGUGGCUCCGCAAUUGCCCAGACGUUUGGGCAGGUGGGAGACGAAGCGCCAGACGUCUACGAUGCAGAUAUCCUGAAGGACUAUUACGAUGCUGUCGAACAAUUACACGAAUCCGGUAUCGUGUUGGCAUAUCAUGAUCGGUCUGAUGGAGGUCUCUUCACCACCUUGGUGGAGAUGAUGUUUGCGGGCCGGUGCGGGUUGGACGUCAUGCUUGACGGCAUCUGCCCGUCGAGUAACCCCAAGGACCUCAUCGAGACGCUCUUCAACGAGGAACUUGGAGCCGUUUUCCAAGUACGCAAGAAGGAUGAAGUGGAAUUCAACCGUUGCUUCGCUACGUGCGGUCCGCCCCCAGGGAUGAUCAAGAAGAUCGGGCGCGUGCCCUCAUCAUCCAAGCAGGAACUCACACUCACCCACGGAUCCACCGUUGUCUAUCGCAACAGCCGACAGGCGCUGCAACAGACAUGGUCAUCGACUUCGUACCAACUCCAGAAGCUGCGCGACAACCCGCAGUGCGCGGAUGUGGAAUUCGGCAACAUUCUCGACGAUAAGGACCCAGGUCUGUCUUACAAACUUACCUUCAACCCGAAGGAUAACAUUCUGCCCCUCAAAGCUACCAUCUCGUCUGCCUUCACGGCCAAACCCCGGGUGGCCAUUCUUCGGGAAGAAGGCGUAAACGGCCACGCCGAAAUGGCUUUCGCGUUCCACAUGGCCGGUUUCUCAGCAAUCGACGUACACAUGACGGAUAUCAUCUCCGGGCGCGUCUCGCUAGAAGGCUUCGUGGGUCUUGCAGCUUGCGGUGGCUUCUCCUAUGGUGAUGUCCUUGGCGCCGGGCAGGGUUGGGCCAAGUCGGUGCUGUUCCAUGAGAAGACGCGCAAGGAGUUCCAGCAGUUCUUUGAGCGGCCAGAUACCUUCUCGCUCGGUGUCUGCAAUGGGUGCCAGUUCCUGUCGAAGCUCAAGGAACUCAUCCCUGGCGCGAGCCUUUGGCCAAGCUUCGAGCGCAACGCGAGCGAACAGUACGAGGCGCGUGUGUGCAUGGUUGAAGUGAUAGACCCUGUAAAACCCGGGCAGGAGCCGUCCGUCUUCUUGCAUGGCAUGCAUGGCUCUAAGCUUCCCAUUGUCACGGCCCACGGCGAGGGUCGCGCCUCUUUCCCGUCGUCGUACUCCUCGUCCUCCACCCCUGAGACGCUGCAGAAUGAAGGCUUGGUCAGCUUGCGUUACGUUGACAACUACGGCAUCACGACGGAGAAAUACCCCUUCAACCCUAACGGCAGCCCACAAGGCAUUACCGGCGUUCGCAGCAAGGAUGGAAGGGUGCUCGCUCUCAUGCCUCAUCCAGAGCGGACUAUACUGCGCGAGGUGGGAAGCUAUAUCCCCAGAGGCAAGAUGGAGGAGUGGGGAGAGCAUGGGCCUUGGAACAGGCUGUUCAGGAGCGCCCGUAGAUGGGUUGGGUAGUUUUUUUGGAGUUGGUUUUGCCAUAAUUGCUGAGACCUGAACGGGCGUUUGGAAGAAUAUCUGUAAAUGCAUAUCGUUUAGAGGAGGAAUAC